AUGACGAUCAACAUGUGCAUGAUGAUUUUUAUGUCAUUUUUCGGUCGAACAUACAACAACUUAUCAUCAAUUUCCGAGUGUAAAAACAACGGCGAAUGUGUCAUCAACAAGAAAAAUCGAACGGCUUGCAAGGCGUGCCGUUUACGAAAAUGUCUUCUGGUUGGAAUGUCAAAAAGUGGAUCACGAUAUGGUCGACGUUCAAACUGGUUCAAGAUUCAUUGUCUCCUUCAGGAGCAACAAAACAAAGCUAACAACAAUAGCAUCACUCAGAAUGGUAACAACAAUAACUCACCCAACCCAUCACAAAACCAUCCCGGAAAUACGAACAUCCUACCGAAUGAUUUCAUCUCAUCGCAUUUCUUAGCAAAUUUAUACAAUAAUUAUAACAACAAUAACAAUAAUAAUAAUAAUAAUAAUAACAAUGGAACUUUAAAGAAUCAAGAGAUAAAGCGAGUUAGUUCACCAAGCGAUUCAGGAGCGUCUUCAGCAGAUCCGGAAGAGAACAACCUUAAAUUCCAUAACAAUAACAAUGUCAUCACCAAAAGUAAAAACCUCAAUUUAUUAAAGCCACGAUCGAACAGCUUUAGUGAAAAGACAAAUUCAUCGCCUAAUGAUGGUUACAUCAGCCCAGUAACAAUUGGACGUAAGAUUAACAACCUUAACAGUUCAAUGAAGCCAAUGUCACCCUUCCUGCCAUUUACUCUUCAUCAUUCGCUUUCAUCAUCCGCGUUGUCGUCGCGUACACCAAGCACACCCGAGUAUUUCAUGUUGCCGUUACCGCAAAUAUCUCUCACGCCAAGUCCCCUUCAGAAGCUCACGUUUAGCAAUGAACAGCACGAACCAAUUGAUUUAUCGUUGAAAUCAAAUAAACGGCUGCGUGAUUAUGAGAUUGAACAAACGGUUGACGUUAAAACGAUACGAUCAUCGACACCCUUGUCGGCUUCUCCUGUUCAUGAAACAUCCAAAACAGUUCCUUUAGAUUUAACACUCGUUCGCACAAACUAA